GAGGGGCGGGCCAUGCUGUCAGCUCCACUUCUUGUGAACUGUGUUGGCAUAAAGGCAUUCAGUACAGAGGAAUGGUGACAGCUGAGAGAGCGGCACCCUAUACAUAGUUGCAGCCAUGAAGGAAAUCAUGGCACAAAAAGAGAAGCUCCAAUGUUUGAAGGAUUUCCACAAGGACACCCUGAAACCUUCACCAGGGAAGAGCCCAGGCACGCGGCCCGAGGACGAAGCUGAGGGCAAGCCUCCUCAGAGGGAGAAGUGGGCCAGCAAGCUCGACUUUGUCCUGUCUGUGGCUGGCGGUUUCGUCGGUUUAGGAAAUGUCUGGCGGUUCCCGUACCUUUGCUAUAAAAAUGGUGGAGGUGCGUUUCUCAUCCCCUAUUUCAUCUUCUUGUUUGGUGGUGGCCUGCCUGUGUUCUUCCUGGAGGUUGCACUGGGCCAGUACACCUCUGAGGGAGGGAUCACCUGCUGGGCCAAGCUCUGCCCCAUCUUCACCGGUAUCGGCUACGCUUCCAUCGUGAUUGUAUCUCUGCUGAACAUCUACUACAUCGUGAUCUUGGCCUGGGGACUCUACUACCUGUUUCAGUGCUUUCAGCCUGAGCUCCCCUGGGCAAAAUGCAAGCAGCCCUGGAACACAGACAACUGUGUGGAGGACACAGUCCGCAAGAACAAGACCCUCUGGCUGGCAGCCAAUGUCACCAACUUUACCUCCCCUGUCACUGAAUUCUGGGAACGCAAUGUCCUGAGCAUCUCCUCUGGGAUCGAUGACGUCGGGCCCUUGAAGUGGGACCUGGCCUUGUGUCUCCUGGCAGUGUGGGUUAUCUGCUUCUUUUGCAUCUGGAAGGGAGUCAAGUCCACUGGGAAAGUGGUGUACAUAACAGCGACUUUCCCGUUUGUCAUGCUGAUUGUGCUGCUGGUGCGUGGGGUGACCCUGCCUGGAGCAGCUGAAGGGAUCAAAUUUUACCUUUAUCCUGACCUGACCCGCCUACAGGAUCCAGAGGUGUGGAUUGAUGCGGGAACCCAGAUUUUCUUCUCCUAUGCCAUUUGCUUGGGGGCCAUGACAUCUCUGGGGAGCUACAACAAAUACAAAUACAACUGCUACAGGGACUGUUUGCUGCUGGGAGGCCUCAACAGCGGUACCAGUUUUGUGUCUGGCUUCGCAAUAUUUUCCGUCCUGGGCUUCAUGGCACAAGAGCAAGGGGUGGACAUUGCCGAUGUGGCAGAGUCAGGUCCCGGCCUGGCCUUUAUCGCCUAUCCUAAGGCUGUGUCCAUGAUGCCGCUGCCUACCUUCUGGGCUAUCCUGUUCUUUAUCAUGCUGCUGCUUCUGGGCCUCGACAGUCAGUUUGUUGAAGUGGAAGGACAGAUCACCUCCAUUGUGGAUCUGUAUCCAUCCCUCCUAAGGAAGGGUUACCGACGAGAGAUCUUUAUAGCUGUCAUGUGUUGCAUAAGCUAUCUGCUGGGACUUACCAUGGUAACGGAAGGUGGCAUGUAUGUGUUUCAACUCUUUGACUACUAUGCAGCCAGUGGUGUGUGCCUUUUGUGGGUUGCAUUCUUUGAAUGUAUCGCUGUAGCCUGGGUUUAUGGAGCCGAUAAUUUCUAUGAUGCAAUCGAGGAUAUGAUUGGCUACAGACCAAAUCCAUGGAUGAAGUGGAGCUGGACCAUCAUCACUCCUGUCCUCUGUAUGGGUUGUUUUGUCUUCUCCCUGGUGAAGUACAAGCCCUUGACCUAUAACAAGGUGUAUGAGUACCCUGACUGGUCCAUCGGAAUUGGCUGGUCUUUGGCCCUAGCCUCCAUGAUCUGCAUCCCCAUGGUGAUGGUCAUCAAGAUCCUCCAGUCUGAGGGACCCCUGAUCGAGAGGAUCAAAGCAGUUGCAGCCCCAGCGAAAGGAGGCGCGAGCUCCCGCCCCAAAGAGUACAGCCUGAAGGGCAGCGAGCUAACACAGCCCCUGGACCCAAAUGGGAACAAUGGCUUGAUCAAGCCCACCCACACCAUUGUAGAAACAAUGAUGUGAGCGCUCUCUGUGAGAGGAAUAAGAUUGACGUGCUUUCUGUGUUAUUAUCAUAAUUGCUAACUUUGAUAGUGGUAGGUUUACAUCGUCUAUAUAUUCGCACUAGAAAUAUUCUGGUUUGGUUUCUAUGAAGAGAGUUAUAUAUUGUUGUCAUUUUUUUUCUUGAUUUUAUUUUUUUUUUUAUUUUUUACUAUAUUAUUGUUGAUGUCGUUACCAUUGUUGUUGCUGUAGUUGGCACUGAUCUCAGUUUAGGCAGUAUUUUGAGAUAGAACAUGUUGUUCUAUGUUUACUACCUUUCUGUUGAUUCCGGAGAGAUGAGGAAUUUGCUUUUUCGGUAUGAUAGACAAAAGAUAGAUUCUCACUUAUCAUAAAUUCAGUAAACUAAACGUGUAACUAAAUGUGUAACAGGUAGCAAACUUCUAAGAUGACGUCCUAAUGUUACUGUGGCAGUAAUCUUGCCCAAGCUAAUUUCUAAUCUCUUGUUGUUGUUGUUCGUCUUGAGAUGCAAUUGAAUGUACCUCCGCUAGCGGCGGACACAAGCCACUCACAUCUCUUGGUAGAGUACAUAUCCAUAACAUGUAGACUGAAUAAUAGGUGGCAAUAUGCAGUGUAUAUAGUUAAUCGUGCAUGACAUCCUUCGAGUUACUAAACAAGGCCCUGGCCAAAUACUGUAAGAAAUGCAUUCAUAUGAGGAGCUGUCUCCAAAGAAGGUUCAAAAAAUGACAGGAGAAAAACUUGGCAAGAAAGAGGAAGAAAGGAGAAAAGGGAAGUGGCAUUUUAAGAGUAUUUGUACACUGCCUGAGACUUCCACAGUCCGUCCCAGUGCAUUUAUUGAAACCUCUCUUUGCACUUUAUAUGUUGAGUUUCACCUUUAUUGUAGUAUUUGUUAUUAUUAUUGUUGCAAAAUAUUGCAAUUACAUUUGCAACACAGGAAAUAUUUUUAGCUUCUAACUUUUUGAUAUUGUUAACUUUGAUAUAUAUCUAGAGGAUUACGUUUCUCCUUGGUAAGACAAUGAAAGAAAAAAGCAGACUAGAAAUUUGACAUCAAAUAUUCUGGUUCACUACUAGUAAGAUCUGCGAGAACCUUAACCUCAUAAAAGUAAAAAAUAUAACAAAUUGCUUUUUUUUUCCUCUUUUUUUUCUAAAAAUUCUGAAAUCUCUCCGUUGUGCUCAUUUCAAUAGCAGACAUGCUCUGUUAAAUAUCUGUAUCAUGCAAAACUACCACUGGAUUCUACUUUCUCAUGUUCGGUUUAAGCAACUGUAUUUUAGAAUUUUAAUUGUUUGUAAAUCACAUAUGCCUUUUUGUAACCAUUUUAUACUGUGCAUCGUAUGAACACUAUCACUGAUGACUUAUUUUUAACUGUCAGCAAUUUGUAUUCUAAAUAUUGAUUAUUGUGAGCCUGGAUGAAAUUUUCAGUGUGCAAUAUUCAUCAAAGAAAUGGCCUUCACUGCUCUUUUGAAAAUCUCUAUCAAAUUAAAAAUGACUUUGAUAUUGGAUAAGGUAACAACUUACAAAAUUGAACACUAUAAGUGUGUAAUUUGUAUCCCAAAGCAUGUAAAGGAGCCACCACAGCGCAGUGCUGCUUUGUCAAUAACAAUCUGGUGUUAAGAAAACAAGCUCUUGGAAAAUCAAGUGUACCAAAGUAUUUUUGUCUCUGAUUUGUCCCCUUUGAGAUGCACGCUGCAUCAUUACUUUAUAGAUUAAAAAUAAACAUCUUUUUCUUCAGA